AUGUCGUUGGAUCCACCCACGUACCUCAGCUCCCUCCAGAAUAACAUUCGGGCUCGACCAAUUCCUUGGGAGGGUGCGGUCCGUGCGGGUAACAUCACCGAUGAACACCUGAAGAAGAUCAAGGCUGUGGAUAAGGUGCGCAAGGAUCAGCGCUGUCAGACAAUAGAAGCCGACCUUGCUGGUUAUACUAGUCUGCUUGCUGGUGAUGCGCAGGGCAAGAGUGUGCUAGAGUCCGCAUCCCGGAGGACAGAUAUCGUUCAAUACAUCUUAGUUUUGGCCUCGGACCUGAUUCAGGAUGUCCCCUCGCUGGCCGAUGCACUCGUUUCUCACCCUGAACCCUACAAGCCAUUCCUACCAUUCUUGCAUCAAUCCUCCAAUGCCGAGGACCCUAUCCCGCUGCUCACAUCCACCUUCCUUACAGCUCUCGUGUCACACAGUCUUGUGCGCUCGUCCAAACCUGCGCCUCGCGAUGAUGAGGCUCUUCCGCAGCUAUACCUUUAUCUCUCUACCUUGACCAAGAACCAGGACAGCGGGCUGCAGGACAUUGGUGUACAGGGAUUCUCGGAGCUACUCCGGACUAAGCGAUCUCGAGAGAUCUUCUGGAAUCACCGUAAGGAAACAUUGGAUCCUCUCAUCGGCACUCUUCGUACCGCAGCGGGGAUCAAGGAGAAUGGUACCGCAGGGGGCAGUACGCGGGGUACCGAGAACGGUCUCGCGGGAGGGGUUGGCCUCCAGUUGCUGUACCGUGUACUCCUUGCUGUUUGGCAGCUGACCUUUGAAAGUGAACUUGUUGGUGAAGAAUUGCAAGAGAACUAUGAAAUCAUUGAACUCUACACACAACUUUUGUCACUUUCCCAGAAAGAGAAGACUACCCGAGUGCUUCUUGCGACCCUCCUGAACCUCCUCUCCAACAACCGCAACACUUUGCUUCCUGUUGCAGUCUUUGUCCGCCUGCCCGCUCAACUCACCAAGCUUUCCGGCCGCCAUUUGACCGACGAAGAUCUUCUCGAAGACCUCCAAGCCCUUUCUACCAUGUUGGAGGAUUAUACCAAAACCCAGACUACCUUUGACGAAUAUGCUGCCGAACUACAGACCGGCCAUUUGCGCUGGUCACCCCCACACAAGAACCCCACUUUCUGGAAGGAGAAUGCCCGCCGAAUUCUCGAGGAUAGUAAUGGUGCCUUGCCCAAGAAGCUCGCUGAGAUCAUGUCCAAGAGCUGGGAGAAUGACAAGCAGGUCUUGGCUAUUGCCUGUAAUGAUGUUGGACACCUGGUCAAGGAGCUCCCCGAAAAGCGCACUCAGAUGGAACGUCUCGGUCUGAAGACUCGAGUUAUGGAAUUGAUGGCAGACCAAGACGAAUCUGUACGAUGGGAGAGUUUGCGUGCUGUCGGUGAGUGGUUGCGGUAUACCUUUGACGGUUAG